AUGAUCUUCAUAAGUGUUUGGAAGAAGCAAAGUGAGCAAAUCUUAUUCGAAGACGAUAAGCGACCUAAGGACGCCCCUGAUCUUGAGGCAGAUGCGCUUCAUCCGAUAGCAGUAUACACCGGGGUGGGAGGGGAUCGCGAGAUCGCAGAGGUAAAAGAAGAGACGUGGUCAGAGGAUAUGAGCGACGGAGACGUGGGUUAUGAGGACAUGGGCGACGAAGACAUGAGCGAUGAAGAGGAAGUGGGCGACAAGGAACCGAUGGUCGAGGCCGAGCAGAAAGUGGGCGACAAAGAGGAGAGCGAGGCGCAGAAUGUUGAUGCUAAAGAGACAGCAGUAGAGAGAUAA